UCUGCACCUCCUCCACAGCCAUCCCUCAACCUCAUCUUCUACCUUCCUCCUCCUCUGUAUUUUCCUGAUCCCACAAUUCUUGCUCCUUCCUUCCUCAUAUCACCAGAACAAUGCCUCCCAUCCUGCCAGACUUCUCUUCCUCUGUCAAGCUCAAGUAUGUGAAGCUUGGAUACCAGUACCUUGUCAACCACAUCCUCACCUUCUUGUUGCUACCCACCAUGGCAGCCAUCGUUAUUGAGGUCGUGCGCAGGCCGGAGCAGAUCGUUGACCUCUGGCAGUCCCUCCACUUCGACCUCGUCCAGAUCCUCUUCUCCUCCCUCCUCAUCGUCUUCGUCGCGACCGUCUACGUCAUGUCGCGGCCGCGGCAGGUGUUCCUGGUGGACUACGCCUGCUUCAAGCCUCCGGUGACCUGCAGGGUGCCGUUCUCCACCUUCAUGGAGCACUCCACGUUGUUGAAUCACUUUGACAAGAAGAGCGUCGAUUUUCAGAUGAGGAUACUCGAGCGAUCCGGCCUCGGGGAGGACACUUCCCUUCCUCCGGCACUUCACUACAUCCCUCCGAACCCGAACAUGGAGGACGCUCGGGCCGAGGCCGAGCUCGUCAUCUUCUCCGCCAUGGACGACCUGUUCAGGAAAACAGGUCUGAAGCCCAAGGAUGUGGACAUCCUCAUCGUGAACUGCAGCCUCUUCUCGCCCACGCCGUCGCUUUCGGCGAUGGUGAUCAACAAGUACAAGAUGAGAAGCAACAUCCGCAGCUUCAACCUCUCCGGGAUGGGCUGCAGCGCUGGGUUGAUAUCGGUGGACCUGGCCAGGGAUCUGCUUCAGGUGCACCCCAACUCCAAUGCCGUCGUCGUCAGCACGGAGAUCAUCACCCCCAACUGGUACGCCGGCAACCAGCGCUCCAUGCUCCUGCCCAACUGCCUCUUCCGCAUGGGCGGCGCCGCCAUCCUCCUGUCCAACCGCCGGCGGGAGAGGAGCCGCGCCAAGUACCGCUUGGUCCACGUUGUCCGCACACACAAGGGCGCCGACGACAGGGCCUACAAGUGCGUCUACGAGGAGGAAGACAGUUCCGGCAAGGUGGGCAUCUCGCUGUCCAAGGAUCUCAUGGCCAUCGCCGGAGAGGCCCUCAAGUCGAACAUCACGACAAUCGGCCCGUUGGUGCUGCCGGCGUCGGAGCAGCUGCUCUUCCUGUUCACCCUGAUAGGGAGGAAGGUGUUCAACCCCAAGUGGAAGCCCUACAUCCCCGACUUCAAGCAGGCCUUCGAGCACUUCUGCAUCCAUGCCGGCGGCCGCGCCGUGAUCGACGAACUGGAGAAGAACCUGCAGCUGUCGGCGGAGCACGUCGAGGCCUCUCGGAUGACCCUGCACCGCUUCGGCAACACGUCGUCCUCCUCACUCUGGUACGAGCUCAACUACAUCGAGUCCAAGGGGAGGAUGAAGAGAGGAGAUCGCGUUUGGCAGAUCGCGUUCGGGAGCGGGUUCAAGUGCAACAGUGCGGUGUGGAAGUGCAACCGGACCAUCAAGGCCCUCGACGGUCCAUGGUCCGACUGCAUUCACAAGUACCCGGUUCACAUUCCAGAGGUAGUCAAGCUGUAGACGGCCGGCAGACUGCCCUUCCCCCGCCCUCUCCAAUAUAUACAGAACAAACACAACACUGAAUGAAUUGCUUAUUGAAGAGCUAUUGCCCAAAACCAACCGUUUUACUUCUCUUCAAUAAUCUCUCUUUAUUCCCCAUGCAAUCUUCUCUCCCUCUGUAUCUUUUUCUCUCUCUUUCUCUCAUCCCUUUUUAAUUUCUUUUAAUUCCUUAUGGUUGAAAAUGGUGCGACCUGCAACCUUCCUUUGUUCUUGUUGCUGUGAUGCAGUUGCUGUUGGUGUAAUACCUUGUCUAAUUUUGUUCAACAUUGCUUAAUUAUUUUGUAUUCUA